AUGUCAAAUUACUAUCAGCAGCAGCAACAUUAUUAUGAUUACGAACCGCAACAACAGCAGUAUCACAACAAUUAUCAGCACGAUGCCUAUGCCAUGUCAGAUAUGACUUACUCACAACAGAACCAAUACCCUCACUACGAUGCAAAACCACAACCAGCUACUACAGAUGGCUACUACAAUAAAAGUCCACAGCCAUUAUUGACAAAGCAACAACGAUUUAGUCAAGUUGCAGCAGAAUACAAUGCCAAUGAAAAAUAUUCCAGAGUGCACAAUCAGCGCAGAUCAUGCUGUGAUAGCAUUUGUUGUGGAUGCUGCACUUGCUGUCCUCGCUGGUGUCGAUGGCUCUCAUGUAUUCUCUUGCUGAUUAUCAUUGCAAUUGGCAUUGUCGUCGGUGUAUUAGCUGCUCUCUUCAAAACGCCCUCGGUAGAUUUCACAGGUGUACAAGGCGAACCUGCGUUUAAUCUAGCAGGGACUACAGCCAAUCUAAAUGUCUCCUUGGGAUUCACUGUCAAGAACCCUAAUAUUGAAAGUGUUACCUUCAAAUCACUAGUCGCAACGGCUAAUUACCAUGGCGAUAGCACCGAACUGGGUGGUGGUACAUUAAACGAUCUACAUAUUGGCUCUCAUUCAGUGACCAACAUUAGCUUUCCAUUCACCAUUUCCAUGAACUUGAUGGCGGAUACGACCAAAGCAGUGGUGACCAAGCUCAUGUCGGAUUGUGGUAUUGAUGGCAGUGCCGCCAAAAACAUUAAUUUGGAUUACAAGGUAGUAGCUACAGUGAGCAUCAUUGGUAUCCCCAUCAGUAUCCCUUUCUCGAGUUCAGUCUCCUUUGCAUGUCCUAUUGACGGUCAAUCAUCAGCUGCAUUGAAAGAGAUUUCCACCUUGUUGUCUGCGUUAUCGGACUCAGGCGGUCUGGCCAAUAUUCCUAGCAGCGUGAGUAGUAUCGUAGGUAGUUUACCUUCAGGUGUUGGCGCUGCUAUUCCUGCAGAGGCGACAAAUCUGAUACCAUCUGGAUACGCUUCUGCUUUAGCUGGUCUAGCAGGAUGA